UCUAGAACACAUUUAAAGUCUGAAGCCACACUAUCAGCAGACGAGCCAUGAUGGAGUUUGUUCACGUUGCUGUAGCUGUGCUCGGUCUUCUGUCUCUUGGACACUCAGCUCCUGUGACAAGCUGUGAGAAUCUACUCCAGCCUCGUGAAAUCUACGGAAGUCAGCUGCUGGGCAAAUGGAUGCUACUUGCAGAGAGCACAAGCAUACCUGGAUCCAAAAUGCUGCUACAGAUGCUUAUGGAAAAUACCUGGGUGAAGAUCACCGCUGCCAGUGAAGCCGAUACAUUUCACAGUCUCCAAAUUCAAAAAAUGAUGGGCAAGUGCUUCACAUGGAAAAAAAACAUGACUUUGGUUAACAACACUCUCACUGUGGUGGGGGAUUACCGAGUGUCUGGUGUCCUGCUGAAUACUGGCUGCCCUGACUGUCUUGUUAUCUACUUAAAUAUGACCAUGGGAAGAAUCAAAGUCAGAGCUCUCCAGCUCCUGAGUACGAGAGUUAGGGUGUCUGCAGCUGAGCUGGAAGAGUUUACAAAGCAGGCAGAGUGUCUGAACCUACAACCACCUGCUAUCAUGGACUUAGAAGAGGGUUUGUGCCCAGAUCCAACUCUUGCCCCAGAAACAAAUUUCACUGAUCGAACCACAGACACCAUAAGCUCUGAAGAGCUCAGCCUUCUAGAAGAACUUCUCAGUAGUGAAAGUGGAGUGAAGACCUUUUUGGAUAUGAUCCGAAGAAGUAUGGCUUCAUUCAAGCAAGACUGAUGGCUCUGCCUGUGAAGAAUAUUGCCACUAAAAAUGAAGAUGCUAAAAAAGAAGCACGACUGUUUUUUCCUCUGUGGCAAUUUGUUCUGUGUCAUCAGUGUAAUUUAGAUUUAGUUUCAUUGAACUGACAUAAAACUGACAAUGUGAGCCUGCUUUAAGAAGAAAAGAUGAUAGCACAUGAGUAAAUUAGUUUAGUCACUUUAAUGCACCAUGUACUAAAGACCCAAUCAACAAACCAUGAUAAAGUUUGUUCAUGUUGCUCCGGUUGGGCUCAGUCUGCUGAUUGUCAUGUAUUGAUAUAUGGCUAUGUCUUAAGGUGAUGACUUUUGAACCGGAUGUUGUUGUCCGAAGGAGGCCCCGUUAAGUGGCUAGUUGUCAGAUCAACAGUAUUCAAUAAAGCAAGAUAAGGACCGUG